CGUGCGCAGUGCGGGCCCUUCCCGCGCUUCUUUCAGGAAUGGCGGCCCCCAUGGGGCGAGUGCCUCUUUGGCUCCAGUGCCGGGGGCUGUGCUUCCUCCGCCGCGCCGAGGCCAGGCUGAGGGUCGCCGGGAACCGGUUCAGCUCCACGGAAGCUGCGGCAGCUGCGCGGAGGGAGCCGCAGGGCCUCGGCAGCGAGGAAGCGGCGGCAGAUACUGAAAUUAGCACCAGAAAGAAGACAUUCAGUAAGAUCUUAGCAGAAAGACGAGAGCAGGCACAAAGAACAGUGUUAAUUAACUGCCCAUCCAAAAUCAAUGAGAAAAAACUACUCAAAUACUUGUCAUCUCAUGGAAACAUUAAGAAUCACUUCUUCUAUGAAAGCUACGGGGUGUAUGCAGUGGUAGAAUUUUCUGAGACCGACAGUAUAGCUUCACUGCAGGAUGCUACUGGUUCUGUACAGUUGGUGGAUGAGUGUCCUGUUCCAUUUAAAUCCAGAAUUUUUACAAUAACAUUGAAAAACCCACCAAGCCAAGCUUCCAAUCAGACUCCAGUUUACCGUCAUAAACAGGCAACUAUUCAAGUUGGAGAGCUGCUGACGAACCUAUGUAAUGCUGACAGUGUGAGCGACCAGUUGUACAUGCUCGUAGAGAAGUAUCAGCUGACGGAAGAAAACACUAAGCUCCGAUUUUUUACCUGCUCUUUAAUUCAAGACAUUGCAAGUGCUUAUUUUCCAGACUGCAUUGUGAAGCCCUUUGGCUCUUCUGUGAACAGCUUUGGUAAACUGGGAUGUGACUUAGACAUGUUUUUGGAUCUGGAUGCGAUCCGAAAAAAUGCUACCCAAAGGGUAAGGUCUUUCUCUAACAGCGUCCCCCAUUGAUUUGUCUUUUGAUUAGAGUGUGGAAUGACUGUUUUGCAAUCAUGACCAUUUUUAUUAAUUUGAUUUGUUUUAAUUGCCGUGAUGCAAAUCAAAGUUGGCUACAUCUGCAGCUUUUUGGUUUGUUUUUGUCAUUUUGCACAGCUGUUACUGAGCUUCCUGAAUGCCGUGCGUUCAUCUUAAGCUGCCUUUUGUGCAUCCACUACUCCCAGUCUUUCAGUGUAUAUACUUACUAGUUUAUUCAUACAACUGGGCAGCAGGCAAGUUCUAAGCUGGAAAAAGCCUACCCUUGCGUGUGUCCGUUAUGGCUUCAUUUGCCGUACUCCAAUCAAAUUAUCAGAGGAUCAAAAAUUUGUAGGCCUAAUCCUUUCUCAAACAUGAGCUUAUAAUUUAUACAUAGCUCCUUGGAGAGCAUCUAGUGACAUUAUCUUCAAUUCAGCCAUCAGAAGAAUUGCAUUGCGGUUGAUGUGUGAAUUAAUGUUAAGCUUCAACCCAAAUUUCCAGCCUGUAACUAAAUGGCUUUUUCUUCAAGUACGAAACAAUAUCAUUGCAUUGUCUGGUUACCGUUUGUGUGUGUGUACUUCCCCUCCCUGCUAACUCUACUUCCUGGAGUUCCCUACACUGAAAUCCUACAAAUUACUCAUAUUCAAGAGUGCUGUGUACAUAGAUGGUACUAUAAAGACUAAUUACCACCAUCUUCAAGUGCAUGGACCUCCUAGCAGUCAUUAGAGCAUCACCAGUACCUUAUCCAGUCAUUGUGGACAAAUGGAAGAGUCCUGCUUAUGCUGCAAGUGGUAAAGAAGGCACUGAAUUCCAGACCCUAAAGUCAAGGGUGGGAAACCAGUGGCUCCCUGGAAGUUUAUGGAGCCUAGUGCUCAUUAUCACCAACCAAUAGUGAGGUGAGGUGAGAAUAUUUUGCGGAGAAUAUUCUCUGCUAGAAAAUUCUCCAGAGAAUAUUCUUCACAAACUGUAAAUUCUAAUGUAAGAACCAGUUUUACAACCCACAUUUUAACAACCUAGUUAAUAAUAAGUCAAGCUGAGAUUUUAAUUAUUCCUUUUACUUUGAAAGCUACAUUUCAUACAUACACAACAUAAUUAGAAUUCAAAGUUGAUGGUUAAUAUACAGUUAGUGGCAGGCUUAGUGAUUAACGUGAGUCAUUCCCGUUGAAUUUUCAAUUUCAAGUUUCGUGCAAAAAAUCAAAGAAUGUGAACCCAUUUGUCCCAUUGAAUAAAAGUAUCUGUACAGUUUU